AUGUUCGCCCUCGCUGCCGCUGCUACCCUUGGCCUCGCGUCCGCCGUCGCCGCCGGCCCUAUGCGCCGUUCCUCCGAGCUUUCCAUCGACAUCUCCGCCCCGGAGAACGUCCGCUCCCUGGACGCGAUGCAGGUGACCGCGUCCGUUACGAACACCGGCAGCGCGCCCGUCAAGGUGCUCAAGGCCGGCUCCGUCCUCGACAACGAACUGCCGACUCGCUCGUUCUUCGUGUCGAAGGGCGACAGCAAGGUCGACUUCUCGGGUGUGAAGAUCUCGCUCGCGAUGGACAAGCUCACGGAGGACAACUACGUGACCAUUCAGCCUGGCGAGACGGUGAAUGCCACUCACGACAUCUCCGCUCUCUAUAACUUCGAGGGCGCUGGUGCGGGUGAUUUCGACAUCAAGCCGGUGACCUGGUUCCAGGUGCCGGACGUCUCGGCCAACAAGGUCAAGUCCAUUGCGGACUUCUCCAAAGUCGAGGUCAAUGCCGGCUCUGCGAAGGUGUCCGUCAGCGGUGACAUCGCCCGCCGCGAGCUCAAGCCGGGCCCGAACGCGAAGCGCUCGGUCAACACCUGCGACGACACUGAGCUCGCGUCGUUCAUCGACUCCAGCUACACCGAGGCCAAGGAGCUCGCCACCAUCGCGUCCGACUAUCUGGGCUCGAAUGGUGACUCCGAGCUCACCUCUGCCUACUUCGGCGCCAACGACGCCUCCGAGGUGGCCUCCAUCUUCGACGCCGUUGCGGCCGAGAACGACGACUCCCGCACCCUCAACUGCAACGACGAGCUCGGCGCGUGCUCGCAGGGCGUGAUCGCAUACACCGUCAUCGCGACUACCAACAUCUACUUCUGCGACAUCUUCUACGAUGAGGUCGAGACCACGCAGCUCUGCUCGGGCACGACUGUCGACGAGCGCAACAUCCGUGGCGGCACGACCCUCCACGAGUUGACGCACGCUCUCUCUGACACGGAGGAUGUCGGCUAUGGGUGCGCUGCUGACCAGGAGCUUUCGGACAGCGAGAAGAUCUCCAACGCGGACAAUUUCAACUGCUUCUCUACCCAGGUUUACGCCGAUACCCAGUGCUAA